AUGUCGGCUGCUCCAAUCCCUCAAUACACGAUGUCUGACUACGCCAAAUUUGCGUUGGCUGGUGCGAUCGGUUGCGGUACCACGCACUCUGCGAUGGUUCCUAUCGAUGUCGUCAAGACCAGAAUCCAAUUAGAACCAACUGUGUACAACAGAGGUAUGAUUGCUUCUUUCAAGCAGAUUAUCGCAGGUGAAGGUCCCGGCGCUCUUUUAACUGGUUUCGGUCCAACUUUGUUGGGUUACUCCUUACAAGGUUCGUUCAAGUUCGGUGGUUACGAAGUUUUUAAGAAGCUUUUCAUUGACACUUUGGGUUACGACCAAGCUGUGAACUACAAAAACUCCAUUUACAUAGGUUCUGCUGCAAUUGCUGAGUUCUUCGCCGACAUCGCUUUGUGCCCAUUAGAAGCCACCAGAAUUAGACUUGUGUCUCAACCAGAAUUCGCCAAUGGCCUAGUUGGAGGUUUUUCCAGAAUCUUGAAGGAGGAAGGUGUUGGCUCUUUCUACAACGGUUUCACCCCUAUUCUUUUCAAGCAAAUUCCUUACAACAUUGCUAAGUUUUUGGUUUAUGAACGUGCUGCUGAGGUCUACUUCGGCAUGGCUGGUCCUAAGGAAUCCUUAAGUGCCUCCACUACUACCGGUCUUAAUUUGUUGUCUGGUUUGACCGCUGGUUUGGCCGCUGCCAUUGUUUCCCAGCCUGCUGACACUUUAUUGUCUAAGGUUAACAAGACCAAGAAGGCUCCAGGUCAAUCUACAAUCGGUCUUUUGGCGCAGUUGGCUAAGCAAUUGGGUUUCGCUGGUUCUUUCGCUGGUUUGCCUACUCGUUUGGUCAUGGUCGGUACUUUGACUUCUCUGCAAUUCGGUAUCUACGGUUCUUUGAAAAAGAGCUUGGGAUGUGCUCCUGCCAUCGAAAUCGCCGGGAAAGGUCACUGA